AUGCCGGCUGCAGACUGUCAAGCUUUGAGAUUUUCAACCUCGGACGUUAACUUUGACAAGCCCACGACGUCAACACGCAGCAGCAGCAGACGCAGCAGCGGCAGCAUGGUGGCCCUGAUGCCGAACCCACACCGCUGCCUCCCCAUGCGGAGCCCCAUGGCGAGAGCUCUUGUCCUGACUUUUGCUAUUCUCGCCAUCAGUACCCUCCUUCUCAGAUCCAGUGCCGAAGUACAGACCGCCAUCAUCCAGACGGCCGCGUCAGCCAAGCAAGCGAUAUAUCUCCAGAGACCGUUGAAGCAUGGCGCCGACUGGCAAGAUACACUUCCGACACCGACAGAGCCACACCGGGCCAGCUCCACAGGGGAUAUUGCGACUGCAUUGGUCAACUCAUCCAUCCCUAUGGACUGCAAUUAUGACAUUGCUCGGCUGAAGCAGUGGAAGGAAAAGUACAAGCUGGGGGGCCAGAUUGAGUAUACGAAACGAUAUAUCCAGGUUUCCCGUCAGCCCAUACGCCGCAAGUCCAUGACGGUGCUAAACCAAAGCUUCCUGACCGACACCAUCAGGACAGUAGACCUCAACAACCCCGAGCCGUAUCAAGCCGAGUCGUGCCCCGAGCCCCUUGUGGCGCCCGUUUCGCAGUCUCCAUUCCCCGGAAGUGCCAAUGCAUCAGAAUUCAUGUUUGGUGUCUCGACCACGUACAAACGGUUCAGCGAUCCGAAGACGAGCCCGGUGAACGAGUGGACGUAUUGGUUGACAGAUGGGAAGGGGAAUACUAACGGUGGGAAGCUGCUUCUGAUGCUGUUGGAUGCCGAGGAUGAGCAGCUACAGGAGACCCAUAACAUCUUGACGACGGCGGGGAUCGAUGUGGAUGUGUAUCGGUCUAAUGCAGAGGAUAUCAUGGCCGUGAGGUAUUUGGCAUUGGUGCCGACCAUGUAUAACCACCCGGAAAGGCCGAGGAAGAAGUGGCUGGUGACGUGCGAUGAUGACACCUUCUUUCCGAGCUUCAAUGCGCUGAAGGAGAGGUUUGACGAGUUUGAUGACGGGUUUCCGAUGUAUAUUGGGACGUUUUCGGAGGAUGUGAAUAACAUUCAGAGGCAUGGGUCGCAGGCGUUCGGGGGCGCGGGGGUGUUUCUGAGUGUGCCCAUGGCGGGUUUGGUGGCCGAGAGGUAUGAGAGUUGCAAAACGGAGCAGAAGAUUAAGGAGGCGAACUCGGGGUGGGGACCGCAGGGGGAUAUCUUGCUGAGAAAGUGCAUUUAUGAGAAUUCAAACUACAAGCUCACGCUGUUGAAUGAGCUGUGGCAGUUGGACUUGUAUGGGGAUCCGUCUGGGUUUUAUGAGUCGGGGAUCAAGCCGUUGAGCUUGCAUAAUUGGGGAGGAGGGGGAUGGCAUGUGGCUUAUCCGUGG